AGAAGAAGAAGAAGACGACGAAGGCGGGGCGGAGAGCUGUCCUCUAUGCAAGUGUGGUCUCUUGUGGCUACAUUCGUCUUGUUACACUUCAGCGGUAUUCUACAGCCAUUUUGGCGUCAUUAUAAAUAUACGAAGUGGUCGAGUGAAAGGUAUCUUAUUGUUAAAUAAUUGCCUGGUACGAUUCGUAAGUCGAGAAGAAAACAAGCUGCGAUUCAGGGGAGCGCGGUAAUCGCCAUUUUGCGCAUUCAACAAUCGAAGGAGGAUUUUAUUUUGCAACAUGGCUGAAGCAGACCGACCGGGGAAGCUGUUUAUCGGUGGGCUGAACACCGAGACCACCGAAAAGGCCCUCGAGCAGUACUUCAGCAAAUAUGGCAGAAUUGCUGAGCUUCUUUUGAUGAAAGAUCGUGAAACCAACAAGUCGAGGGGCUUUGCCUUUGUGACGUACGAAAGCCCAGCUGACGCGAAGGACGCGGCACGUGAGAUGAAUGGAAAGUCUCUUGAUGGCAAGCCUAUCAAGGUGGAGCAAGCUACCAAACCUCAGUUUGAGUCGGGGAGUAGACGAGGACCACCCAUGCACUCCCGCAGUCGUGGCCUGCCAAGAGGCAUCCGUGGUUCCAGGGGUGGUAUGAGGGGCCCUCCAUCCAGAGACUACUAUGAUGAUGGUGGAGAACCCUUCUUUAAAGGGAUGAAGAGAGGACCCCCUAUGCGCAAUGGAGGUCCCCCACCUAAGAUGAGCAGACCCCCCAUGUCAAGGGACAGGGACCCCUAUGGCCCCCCCCCACGCAGAGACUCUAUGUCCAGGAGGGAUGACUAUCCAUCACCUAGAGAUGACCACUAUAACUCAAAAGACAGCUACUCGAGUCGAGAUUAUAGCUCAAGAGAUUCAAGGGACUAUGGACCGCCUCCCAGAGAUUUUUCAUACCGUGACUACCCCAGUUCCAGAGAUGAUUAUGGCUCAAUGUCAAGGGGCUACAGUGACCGUGAUGGAGGCCGGGAGUCCAGGAGCUACAUGGACCGUCCAAGUGGUGGUGGCGGCUCAUACAGAGAUUCAUUUGAUGGUUACGGUAACUCUCGCAGCGGCCCACCUUCACGGGGCCCCCCACCGUCCUUCGGUGGGGGCAGCGGAAGCAGUCGUUACGAUGACUAUGGCAGCAGUUCCCGGGAUGGCUAUGGCGGCCGUGACAGUUACAACAGCAGUCGGAGUGACCCGUAUCCACCUCCCCGAGGCGAGCGAAUGGGUAGGCAGGAGAGGGGGCCCGCUCCCCCUGUCGAGAGAGGAUACCCUCCUCGCGAUUCAUACGGCUCAAGCCGGGGAGGGCCGCGCGGCAGCCGUGGAGGCAGUCGAGGCGACAGAGGCAUGGCUCGCAACAGAUACUAAAAUGGACAUGGAGGUCUCCCUAAAAAUACAUGUUAAAUCUUCGUGCACCGGUCACCAUGUCUAAACCUGUGAAAUAUGAAGCUUAGCUUUCAAUUGUAUCGUUUGACUUCCCCCCCCCCCCCCCCCCUUUUUUUUUUUUUUUUUUUGGUUUUAACAUUUGAUUUGCAUUUCUUACUCAUAACAGUUCAGUAACCGAGUGUUUUUGUACAUCCAAUGAUUUUACAACCUGCAAUGCCCUACAAGUCUGGCUUUUCCUACUCCAAAUAAAGCUUUUAGUUGUACCCUGA